AUGGCGGCGGCGUUUUUACAUCAGCGUCUGGCAGCCACUUAUCAUCAGCUGUCAUACCCACUCAGAAAACCUCCUCCCCUCCUCUCCUCCUCCUCCUCCUCUCCUCCUCCUCCUCCUCCUCUUCUCUCACUUUGUUCACCGUCGGCUAAAUCAGGACUAAGAUGGUGUCUGCAGGUCUGA